CAGGUUUCUGCCCUUCCCCAACCGCCGGCGCCCCCGCUGCCGUCUCCGCGCUCCCGCCCCGCCGGCGGGUUCCCCCGCUCCGCCCCACCGGCCCCCCCCCGCCCCGGGCCCCACUGUGACCCGCGGCUGCUUCCCUCUCCCGCCCACACGUCCCUGGCGGGGCGGAGCCGUCGCUUCUGUUAUGGCGUCUUGGGCGCUGUUGGCGAAGGAUCAGCCGCUGCGGUGCCAAUAGACAGCGAAGGAACCGGGCGGCCGGCGGGCCCGGUAUGGAGAGCCUGGCGCAGCCCCCGCCGCCUCCGGGCUCGCUGAAGAGGGGCGGCGGGGGCGCUGCCAGCCCGCUCCUGCUGGAAGAGGCGGCGGCGGGUGAGGGCGGCUGCAAGGAUGGGCCCGCGGCGGCUGAGGAGGGCGGCGGGCGGCGCAGCCCUUCCCCUCAGCCGGCCCCCGCUCCCGCCACGGCCCCUCGGACGGCGUCUCCCUCGCGGGCCGCGGAGGGCAGCCCGCUGGCGGCGGCCGGCGCGGGGCUGGUGGCGCCGGAGAGCCCCGGAGAGGCGCCUGUCUCGGAGAGCAGUCCCGCGGGGGCCGGCUCCGGGAGCAGCGGGGCUCCCAGCCCCCCGGGGGAGGAGUCCCGGAGCUUGGACUCGCUGGAGUCCUUCUCCAACCUGCACUCCUGCUGCCCGAGCAGCUCCGAGCUCAACAGUGACGCCGAGGAGGCGGUGGUGGCGGGGGCCUCCUCGGGGGACACGGCUCCGGAGCCUGAAGGGGAUAGGCCUGCGGCGGGCUCCCAGCUUCUCUCCGCGUCCAAGGAGCGCUUCCCGGGCCAGUCGGUCUACCACAUCAAGUGGGUCCGCUGGAAGGAGGAGAACACGCCCGUCAUCACCCAGAACGAGAACGGCCCCUGCCCGUUGCUGGCCAUCAUGAACGUGCUGCUCCUGGCUUGGAAGAUUAAGCUGCCACCAAUGAUGGAAAUCAUAACGGCUGAACAGCUGAUGGAAUACUUAGGAGACUAUAUUCUUGAUGCAAAACCUAAAGAGAUAUCUGAAAUUCAGCGUCUAAAUUAUGAGCAGAAUAUGAGUGAUGCAAUGGCGAUUCUACAUAAGUUACAGACGGGUCUGGAUGUCAAUGUGAAGUUCACAGGUGUACGAGUAUUUGAAUACACACCUGAAUGCAUAGUAUUUGAUCUUCUUGAUAUCCCCUUGUACCAUGGAUGGUUAGUGGACCCUCAGGUUGCUGACAUAGUAAAAGCGGUUGGGAACUGCAGUUACAAUCAGUUAGUGGAGAAGAUAAUUUCUUGUAAGCAGUCAGACAACAGUGAACUGGUUAGUGAAGGAUUUGUAGCUGAGCAAUUUCUAAAUAACACAGCUACACAGUUGACAUACCAUGGACUGUGUGAGUUGACUUCAGCUGUCCAGGAGGGAGAGCUUUGUGUGUUCUUCAGGAACAACCUUAGCACCAUGACCAAAUACAAGGGUCAGCUUUACCUGCUCGUGACAGACCAAGGCUUUCUUACAGAAGAGAAAGUUGUCUGGGAAAGCUUACACAAUGUAGAUGGUGAUGGAAAUUUCUGUGAUUCUGAAUUCCACCUACGGCCUCCAUCAGACCCUGAAACUGUCUAUAGAGGGCAGCAGGAUCAAAUAGAUCAAGAUUAUUUGAUGGCAUUGUCUCUACAACAAGAGCAGCAAAAUCAAGAUAUUAACUGGGAACAGAUUCCAGAAGGAAUCAGCGAUCUAGAGCUAGCAAAGAAGCUCCAAGAAGAGGAGGACAGGAGAGCUUCUCAGUUCUAUCAGGAACAAGAACAAGCAGCUGCUCAGGUCCAGCAGGUGCAAGGUGCUGCUUCUCCAGCAAGUGGAAGACAAUCUGGGAGUAAUGAACGCAAACGUAAAGAGCCAAGAGAGAAAGAGAGAGAAAAAGAGAAGAAUAGCUGUGUUCUCUUGUAAUAGAAAAUGGAUUUAGUCUGGAGCCAAGUGCAUGUUCUCAGAAGCAAAAACAAGGAGUAAAAAGGAAGACAAACCCGUUACAUGCCGCCUGUGCCUGAUUACCCCAUGGAUUUUGUUCAUGUUUCAAGAGAGGAUGGGUGACUUUGUUACAAUCAAAGACUUUCUUCAAAGUCAUAGUGCGUGCUGCUCAAGAUGGAAUUCCAAAUCACAGUUGAACGCGGCUGUGCUUUGAGUUAGUCAUAAGAAAUACUGCACCUUGUAGCUGAACACACAAAUCAUGUCAAGUUUUGUGUCAUAGUGACAUCCAUUACUCAUUACAUCAGUUAGUAAGCUAUUUUAUCUUCUACUCUAAACAAAGGAGGUAAUUUAUUUUGUGUAAGACUUUUUUCCUGAAGUCUGUACACUAGCACAACAGAGUUCUGUGUUACUUACAUGGUAUGAAACUAUAUCUUAGGCUGGGUAUAGUCUUCAUGACACAAGAGCCCAAAUAACAGCUGGGCACUGCCUCCUCAGUGUGUCCAGAUUUCUUUGCUUCUGGAUCUGGUAUGUUCGUUUUUUGAACCCAGAUUUAUACUGUGUUACUGCUAUCAUUGCACCUCCUGGCCAGCUUUCUUGCCCCAAAAAUAUGUGACUUGAUAGGCAUCAUACAAAAAAAUUGUCAUAGAAAAUGGGGCAUUUAUUAAUAAGCAAGAUGAAUAUUGUUUGCUUUUCUUGCAAUUACAAACUGGGUAUGGCAACUCAGAUAUUAUCAGGGUUAAACAAGUAAUUUUAUAGGUAACUUCUUUUUCUUUUAGUAUUUUUUCUCUUGUAGGUAAACUGGACCAGAUAAGUUUUUAUUUAUUGACUUCUCCAUAUGAAUAGGUGAAUGAUGAGAGGAAACUAAGGUCUAUAAUAAUCAUUAUUCUAUGUAAGAAUGCAGAGUUAAAAUAACUAUCUGCCUUUUUUCCAGAAGUACCUUGAACUUUAACAUGACGUUAACAUGUCCACUUGUAUAUUUAAGCAAGUGUACUGUAGUUAAAAACACACUUUUUUUGCUUGUUUUAUAAAUCCUGUAUCCUUAAAAAGCACACUUCUGAAGGGUGAGAGAGAAGCGAGGCUGCUCUCUGAAAUUGUUUGGAAAGGUGGUUAGGUGUAAUAUUUUGUUUUUUAAAUCACUAAUUUAGAAUUUUUGGAAACCAGAUUUUUCUAAUUUAUGGGAACCAAAUAAACAUGUUGCAUCUUGUAGUAUUUAUAGAAUACAGAAGCAGAAUACUUGCUGAAUUUUGAGGGAACCACAAAUCUUCCUCCACUUCCAUUAAGUCAAUAACAGUUACCUUCUUGCUGAACGUUUUUGAUAAAAAUUUAUAUUUAGCAAUUUGUAGAUACUUUUAAAAAAGGCUGCUUCUCUUGGACAAGUUGUGUAUUCAUGCUCUAAACCUGGGUAAGUGCAUUAGUAUACAAUGAUCUGGGAAAACUAAGGCAGCCAGGGGGAACAUGACAUUCCUGGUUUCAGGUGUUUGCAGAAUGCCUGUAAGAGAGAGGGUGUCUAAACACAAGUACACGGGUAAAAAGCUGCUUUGAAAUUAUUUUAAGCAGGCUUGCCGCAGUGAUGGGAACCAGUCAUCACAUAAAGUUGUUAUGAACCUAGAAUGAAAAUUAGAUGGAGAAAGGAAGAAUGUCUUAUUAACUAAAGGGCCAGUUUGUAUCAGUUAUUUCCUCCAUGCCUUUUUCUCUUUUGUUUUCCCCACUUCUGUUACAAUUACCCUUUUAUAAUAAUGAAGUAAUGAAUGGUAGGAGGUCUCUAAUAUGCAAACUGUAAAUUUAAAAAUUUCUCUAUUCUCUAGGAAAGUCAUGCCCUGAAAAGUAAUUUUGAUACUUAAUAUGUGCAGUUCAGAUAAUUUUCUGUGUCAAAGCAAAGGUGGUGUCUUUUUUCCUUUGCAGCAGUCUAACUUCUUCAAAUUAAUGUGAUAGAGGAUCACCAACAUAAUGACUUACCUACUUUUAAGCAGAUCAGAAAAUAUUACAAUAGCAUCAAUAACAAAGACUUUAAGCCAGAAUGUUGUUUAAAAACAUUCUGUUACUAAGAUUUUUUCCAAAUUUGUGUAUUUACAUUUAUUUAUUGACCUUGAAAAAUAAAUAUGUCAAGCUGAGUGUUUGUUAUCUUAUUAUUUUCAGUGACAGUACUGCCACUUUAAAUUCCUUUUUGAACAAAUCUAGCUGGAGCAGGCAUUGUGGCUACUGAGUACCUAUCUUUUUUCUAAGAUAUGUGCUCGUACUAGAAGAAUUCAUGUAACUUUUCUAGCUUAAGAUAGAUGUGCCAGAAACCUAACAUACUGUAGCUACGGUAAUAUUGUCCCUUGGUCACAAAGGAAGAAGAGUUAACUGUCAGUGCUUAUCAGGAAGUCUGAACUCCCAGAUAAUUCAGCUUCUCUUUCACUACAGGACUGAAAGCUUUCAGCUUAUUUGAGGUGGCAGGCAUGCUAUUCAAAGUUUUUUAAUAUCCUUUCCUCUUUACAGGUCUUGAAGAUUUAGAAAAAAUGUAAAAAUUUCCUGAAAUCUAGGGCGUUGUUCUGCUUGAGCUGAGCUUGUCAGUGGCAAAAGUUGUAAGUAGAUGAGCUUGUUAAUAUCCAAAAUGAAAUACAUCUGGAAGCUUAAUCUAUACCUUCCUGUGACUAACCAUUCCAAAAGCAACUAUCACAGUUGGUAUCUAUGACAGUAUCUGAUGAUCAAAAAAACUGAACAGAAUUGCUUUUGUCUGUAGUAGUGAGCUUGGAAAACAGUAUUACAAAAUACUAAUGGAGUACCAGAAAAACAAUGUCUGCUUCUGACUAUUUACUUAAUUUGCCUCUUUUGAAGCUCAUGUUCUAGCAGAAGGAUACAGAUUUAUACUUUAAGUCUGUUUAUACAGUUUAGCAUGCACAUGCUCCAAAUACCUACACAAUAUAUACGAAAGCAUCCAGAAAUAGAGUAGAAAUUGCUUUCCACUAGAUAAAAGCUAGCGCAGAAAACAGAAUUACAGAAUUUUUGUUGUUCAUUGUAGUUGUGAAAUAGAAAAAGCUAAAUACAAGUAUUAUUAAAAUUAGCAAAAAAUUGAGCAUUGCCAUAGCUAUAAAUGUUUUCCUAAAAGGCACUUUAUAAAUCCUCAAAUAUACCACUUUUCUUGUGACGCUCAUAGAAUCUUCAACCCGACAAAGCAGAUCCAAAGGAAUAUUGUAACACUGGAGGAUGGGAUUAGCAUUCCUGAAAAUUCACUUAAACACAGUGCAAGACAAUAUGUUUUGUAGCUAGCCAUCUAGUUAAUACAAUAAAGUAUGUGUUCAGAUUCAGAGUUCUUCUUGUGGACUGUAGGUAUCCAAGCUACAAGUGAAGCAUAUGCUCUUCUGUGUACACUUGCAUUCGAUUGCUAGUCAAUCUCUACACUCAUUCGGUAUUUCACGUUAUUGUCAAAUGUUACUUCAAACUUGUAUACUCAAGUUCUUGGAAGAAAUUUCCAGUAUGUAAUAAAAGGCAAUUUGAGUUGUUGAAAUUGAAUCUUUUGGUGUAUUCAGCAGGAAAUACUUGAGUAAAAGGUGAAGCUGAUGUUCUUUUAACUGAACCUUGAUUCUUUCCUGCUACAAUAGAUCUAUAACCCAAAGAGAGCUCGUUGCUUAGAUCAGCUUUAUUACCAUUAGGAUGCUUAUCAUAGUCAAUUGCUAAAGUUUAUACAAAGUACAUCCUUAAAUAUAGCAUACUGAAUUGAGUUAUAUGUAUUUUAUAUAAAAGUAGACAUUCUUAAGGUUAUAACCUUAAACAGCAGGUGACUCAGGAAAUGCAAGUUAAUUGAUGCAGUAUCCUCAUUAGAAAGCAUAUUAGAGAAAAGCAAAAAUAACAAGCCUUAGUCUGGUUGCAAUAUAAUGACUGCUUUUUUCCUUCUAUGCUAUGAUAACAAGACCUUGGUAACAAGAAAAAUCUGACACUGAAAAAUGUUCAUGUAGCCAAAUGAUAGUGAACGCCACGUGCAAGAACUUAAACAUGCAUUUUAUCUUGUGAUUCAGUGCAGUUGCUUUUUUUUAAGAGCAACUAGCAAUAGACUGUUAGCAGUGUUGUAUUGAGUGGGAAAAUGCAGUGAGAUGAAUGACUGUCAUACAAAAUCAUUUACACAGAGGUCUAUUUGAUGUUAAUUUCCACCGUGUUUCCAUAUAGCUCCUUGUUCACAGCUUGUUCUUAUAGUUGUCUAGUAGAGAAGCAAUGUGUUUAAGCUCGCCUGUCAUCUGCUCUGAUGGGGAAGUGCCAUAGUGAAAUGCUGAGGAGGAAAGAUGGGCUGGAACAUAGAAGUCCCUAGACCACCUCUUGAGAUUGUUUAGGGGAUUUGUCCUUAAUUUUGCUGUUAUUUUAGACAUAAAUAGCUGUAGCACAGCAUGCAGUGGGCAAAUCUUCUCACCAAGGUAAUGACCAGCAUGCUUACUUUAUAGUGGACUGGCAGUGUGUGUCCCAGUACUUGCUGUUCUUUACUUUCAUAAUGCUUCUAGGUCAAAACUAGCUGUUCAGACUCUAUAAUAAUACAAAAUAUUUUUAUUAAAUGUCAGCUGUCUACUGUUCAGUUUUGGUUAUUAUGUCAACUCUAUCACUGUGAGCAAUCUUUAUCUGGGGAGUUAGCUCAGGAGAACUUGCUGAAACCCGAAAGUUCUUUACUAUCUUUACUGUUUCCUGGUUUGUAGGAUUAUUUGUUCUCAUGGAGAAGCUUCAUGUGCUGACAUGAGCAAUUCCUUAUUUUUUGAGGUUAAGAACUUUAACUAAAUUAUCUUUGUAAGUCAAGAUCCCGUGUUUACCUCUACUUGACAGCAUAGGAAAAUUUCCAACAUGUUGUUAGGUUUGGGAAAUCCAUAGGGGACAACUCAGAUUAAGUUUCAGUAUUCAAAUUGACUGAAAUUUUAAUUUAUUGUAACAAUAUGAUGGAAAUAAAGGCAUCUGUUUCUCUAAAUGUAAUCUGUUGAUGAAACAUGAAAUAAGGCGUUGCAAACACUUUCAUUGCUAGUUGAAUCAUGCACUUAAAGGAGAAACUGGUAGUGGUGUGGUUAACAGUCCUGCUGGGGUCAAAAUUGAGUGAAAUACGAUUGUUAGAUUGUCAGAUACUAAGCCAAAUGUGUACAGAUUUUGGGGUUGGACAGGGCCAGAAACUCAUAUAAGUUUUAUAUUUCUUUAACUGAUCUCUUAAGAACUGUCCUUCAGUGACGACCCAAUUUCAGUUUCUGUCCCAUCCAGCUUAGGUGAUAGCUGUUGGGGAGCUUGUGGGAAGUGGUCUACCAGUGUCUCAUGAGACGAUGCCUUUAGCUCAUACAAACUUCAGAUUCUUCAUCACAGAGCUGGAUGAAGUAAUGGGAUACUUGGUCUGUCUCAACUUGAAGUUCAUGUUCCCUUGUUGAAGCCAUUAGUAAAACUUGCACAUGCUUUCUGAGUUAGGACUUCAGCUAUAAUUUGUCAAAGUUAAAGAUUAUGCUAAGCAGUCUUGAAAAUUUCACCUGAGUGUAGUUCAGCAUCUUUAGAGUUUUUCUAAUCUUGUUUCAGAAAAAGCUGGGAUACCUGGUAUUUAUGUCUAAAACCUGUUGACUUGUGUUCUGGUUCACUGGCACAUGCCAAGGAAAGGGUCAAAAUUGCAAUUAAAAGAAACACCGGUGUGUCACUAAACUUAAAUCAGCUGAUUAAUGGGUACAUCCUUGGGUUUUGUCAUCUGUUUUGGGGAACUCCACAAUAACGAUAUGAAAACAGGCAAUUUUUUCCCCUUUAUGUGAAUUGGCCAUAUCUAGCCAUUAAUAUUUGCACUCAGUACUUUUUCUUAAGGCUUACUUACGCGGUCCAGUAUGUGAAGCUGAUGAGUUAAUGUUUAUACUUGUAAUGUAGUAAACACUGCUGAGCAUUCAGAUACUAACACUUCUGCCUUCAGACACAGAAAUAACACUAGACAAAAUCAGUAUUUACACUUGUCAGCUCUGAUGCUUUUAAAUACAAGAGCUGUAGAACAGUUAAAGGAAAACUCUAAAUAAAGCCUUUUACCAUUGCAAAAAUCUUCUUUUUGGCAAUGGUAAAUUAUAAAAUUUAAUGGAAAUUAUAAAAUCAUAUAUAAUAAUAUAUUAGUGCUGUUAUACAUUGCAUCUCAGUGAAUCCAGAACAGGCAGGAGUUUUACAAGAUUAGCUGUGUUAGCCAGCUACAGUCUGAUUUGGUGCCCCAAUUCCUUUACUGUGAAUUCAUGCAGCUCACGAAGACACAAUGUAGUUUAACUAGACAUAACCAUGUCAUCUUUAUCUAGCUAAUGCUAACAAUUUCAAUACUGAUGAUAUGAACUUCUCCAUGUAAUGUAUGAAUUCCAAGUACAUAUUGUCAUUAAGUCCCUAUUAUAAUUUAUUAUAUGUGCCAGCUAUAAUAAAGCUAGCGUGAUUAUUUCUGUCCAUGCUAUAAAUGCACUUACUUUCUGUGAAAGAAAUACAGAAAAUUAGAUGAUUGCUUUCCUAAUAGACUUUGGAACUACCUUGAAAUGUUCUUUGUAAUACUGUCUUUUUCUUGGGAAAUUAAAGAAUGCAUAAAAGUUUCUGAAGAAAUGUAAUGAUUUAACACGAUGUUUUCCUCAUCUUGUAGUAUGUCUAUAUGGAACAUAAUAUUAUUAAAAAAAUACCCCACCUUAA